GAUGCCUCUAUAUAAGUGGCUCAGCCCUUUCACCACCACUUCAACAUUGCUCAAAGUAGGAAACAUGAAUAAGCUAACAAUCCAAUUUUUGCUAUGCAGUUUCUUUAUUUCUUUCGUUCUCCUUUCAAUUUCAUGCCCAGCAACAUCUGAGGAAGUUGAGAAUGAGAGAGAAUUUAAUUACGAUGAAAACAGUGAUAAAGGACCGGAUCAUUGGGGAGAGAUUCAUCCAGAAUGGAGUUUGUGUAAAAAUGGAACCAUGCAGUCUCCAAUCGAUAUGCUAAAUGAGAGGGUUAAAGUAGUCUCCUACUUGGGGAAACUUAAAAGGGAUUACAACCCCUCUAAUGCCACCCUUAUUAAUAGGGGCCAUGAUAUGAAGUUGGAAUGGGAUGAUGGUGCGGGACAUAUUGAAAUCAAUGGAACUGAGUAUGAACUCAAACAGUGCCAUUGGCACUCUCCUUCUGAACACACUAUCAAUGGAAGAAGGUUUGAUCUAGAGCUUCACCUGGUUCACGAGAGCAAGAGUGGAAGGAGUGCUGUCACUGGUAUCAUGUACAAACUUGGACGACCUGAUUCUUUCUUGUCUGAGAUGAACCAACACUUUGCAGCCAUUGCAAAAACAGGAGAAGAAGAGAGGGAGGUUGGUAUGGUUAACCCAAAGCAUAUUAAGAUGGGAAGCAGAAAGUAUUACAGAUACAUUGGCUCUCUUACUGUUCCACCUUGCACUCAAGAUGUUGUAUGGACCAUUGUAAGAAAGGUGAGGACUGUCUCUAGAGAACAAGUGAGAUUGAUUCGUGAUGCUGUUCAUGAUGCACAUGAAACUAAUGCAAGACCAUUACAACCGAUAAACAUGCGCUUGGUGAAACUUUAUCAACCACAAGAUCAUGAUCUUUGAAAUUCAAUAUGAAGAUGACCAUGGAUCCUCCGAUUAUGGCUUUUCACUUCCAUUUCUUUUUUUGUAAUGUAUUUUUGGUACACAUGAUCUAAUAAUUCCAUUGUAACGGGGUGAAUAAGAAAAAGAAAGUAGAAGGUUAACGAACAAAGAAAAAUUAUGAGAAGAACAAGAGCAUAGCUCUGUAAUUCAUUCAAAAUAUCCUAAUAAUAAUCAAUAGCUAGUUAC